UGAACCGCUAUGACUUUUAAUUAACAAAAUCAACUUAUAUUGCAAUUAUGCAUCAUUUUUUAUUCAUAUCUUUAUUUUGAUCGUUUGUUUUGGUUUGUACGUUACUUCGACGAUUAUUGUUCCCUAUUAUCGUUGUCAAUGUCUGCUGCGUUGAAGAGUUGGAAUUAGGAUUGCUCCAAUAAUGGAACACAAUUUCUCAUCGCAUGGUAAAGUUGGUGUAUUCAGACUUCAAUUCUUCCAAAGUUUCGGAAUGUCCUCUCGUUAAAAACAUAUCACUUUGCUACUUGGUUGUUUUGUUGGUGUUUUCCCUCCUAAAAAAGACCAAAAAGCCACAUGGCACUCGUCAAUAAAAUUCAACCUUGUCAAUCUGUCCCACCUACUAGACACCCAGGAAAGCUAAAAAGAGUUGGGUCUCUUGUGGAAUUAUUUGAUUUCUUCGUGUUGAAUGAAGGAAAGGUUAUUGAUACCGUGUCUGUUAACACCUUUUUAUAUACCUAUCGCUUAUUUGCUGAUAUGGAAUUAGUUUUGGAAGUUGUAAAUAAAAAAUUUUGGGAUACAUGUCUUUCAAGCCUAAUACCUACCUCUUGGAAAGUUGGGAUUAUUUCGUCUUUCCUGUAUUUUCUUGGGGCAUGGUUGCAGCAGCCUCACGUCAAAGAUUUCGACUCGCCACAGAAAAUUAUCCAUCUUAAAUGUCUAGUACGGAUCCUCGCCGGCUGGUUUGAUGUUUUUCAACCCUCUUAUAAUCAAGAUAGUCACAACUAUGUCCUAAAUGAGUUUAUGAGAUGCUGUGGAAAUAAUGUGUUUUCUAAAAAUCAAGAUGCGACGCGAAUCGUCUUGUGCAACAUUGAUUCGGAAGUUUGGGAUCGAGUUACUGCAGAUAUGGAGUAUUUAUGCCGACAAGCUAUAAAUUGUCUGAAAAUUAUAGCCUGUAAACAUCAAAUAGACUUAAAUCCAGAAAAAAAAUUGCCGUCAGUGCGUAUUAUCACCAUAAAUCGAGCCAGUUGCGAUCACUCAUCACACAACCCUGCAAUGCAUAAAUCAGAAAAGCAUUUUAAAGAAAUAGUUACCAUUACACCUUCUAUUAACCCCUUAAUUAAUUUAUGGAAUCUAAAUUUAGAUACAGUGGCUGAACAACUGACUGUUGCUGAUCAGAGAUUAUUUCUUGACAUGGAGUUAAAUGAUUGUCUGAUAUAUGCUAGAGGCAAACCUGCUCCAUCCGUGCAAGCUACAAUUGAUCAGUAUAAUAAAUUAUAUCAUCUUGUCCAAAGUUCGAUGUUUAACUCAGAUCAGGAUUUUCCAAUACUAGUAGAACCUACACCGAUCUAUUCAAGACGUUUUAAUAAACGGGGUAACUAUAAUAGUCCAGCGACAAGAGUUAGUCCACAGAUAAUAACGAUAUGGUCCAAAAGUUCACCUAAUCAUAAUUCUUCGGCAUCGGAUGUGGGAAAAUUAAAAACCGGAUGCAUCAUUACAUGGAUUGAUAUUGCUUAUCGAUUAGGACAAACAAGAAAUUAUUCAGCAUUAAAAGCCAUAAUUAUGGCUUUACAGUCCACUCCAGUACUCCGAUUAUGGCAUAGUUGGAAUGUUUUAGAAUAUCAUUAUCAUGAACAUUUUAUGAAGUUUAAAUAUUUGGCUUCUGUAGUAAGCUUUGAUAAUAAUCAAGAACAAUUGAGAAAACGGUUAGAUAAGUGUGCAAACAAAAUGUAUUGGUACUUAAAACUCAACAACCCAAAUCCAUUAUGUGGAGAUAUAAGCAGACCUGGUGAUAUCUCACAAUUUGAAGAUUCAGAUGCAGAAUAUAGCAGAGAGACUAAAUAUUCAACCUUGCCAAAUCAAUCAUCUUAUUUAAGCGGUGUCAUACCGUAUCUCGGUGUAUUUCUUAGUGAUUUAACUUUAUUGCAUCAUUCGUCACCGGAUUAUAUCAGUCGAUCAAAAUAUUCCCCAUCAAAUGUGAAUAAACAAGAAAUUAAUACUAAUAAUCAGAAAAGUGCUCUCUCUUCUACUAAUACUACUACUAUUACUGAUAAUAAUAGUAAUGAUGAUAUUAAUUCACCAGUGAUCAGUGCCAUAAAUAAUACUAAUUAUUUUUCAAAACAAUCAGUUAAAAAUCCGUAUGGUAAAAUAAAGUUAUUGCAUAUAUCAGAUCAACUUGGAAAUUUUACCCGAAGUACACCUGAUUUAUCAGUAGUAGUAGCAUCGUCAUCAACCGUACAAUCAGAUAAUAACAGUACGAAACAAUCUUGGAAAUUAUUGAAAAAUGUAUCGAACACAAAUGCUUCACCCGUUAAACCAUCAGUUUCUGCUGAUCGUAAUGAUAAUAUCCAAUUAAAUGGGCGUGUCAAGAAGGAAAAGUUUGGCCUUUCUAGGCGUCAUUCUACAAUCGAUAGCACUGAUGAUAAAUUAAUCAAUCUGGAUAAACAUCGUCGAGAGUUUAAAAUUUUAGCAAAUAUUUUUCUUCUUCAACAAAAUGCUCAAUUUUAUUCACUUAGACCCGAACCAGAUUUUACUACAUGGUUUCAUUCUUAUCCAUUAAUCUCAGAAAAUGAAGCUCUCAAUCGUUCUUGUGAUCUAGAACCAGCUGAUGAACAAAUGCAACAGCAUAUAAACAGACCUUUCAGCGCAUCUCCAUACACAUUUGAUACAAGUGAUUCAAGUGGUGCAGUCGAUAUAAUAAAUACUAAUAAACCACGACAUCAACGUAAUGAUACAAAUAUCCAUGUGGAAAGAUCUAAAUAUGCUAUAACCCGUCCACCCAGUGCUACACCUAUAUAUGCCACUACUACUACUACUACCUCAAUCAUGAGGAAUCCUAAUACUCACAUUAGUAAUAUUAGUAGUAGUACCAGUGGUAGUCUAAGUCGAAAUAAUAAAUCACGAAUUAAUGGAACAUAUUCAUCAAGUGAUUUACUUGAUGAUAUCAAAUACAACAGGUCAACAACUACUGACGAACUAAUCACAGGAAAUACUUUGGAUAUUUCGAAUCAGCAAAAGAAUCACAAACAUAAUAUGAAAACAUCAACUUCUAGAUGGACUACACACAAAAGUUCAUCAACUACAUUCGAUACACGUAAUGAUUACAGUAGUAACAACAGCAAUUUAUCCAUUACUAUUUCUUUGCAUCAUACAAGUAGUCAGCAUGAUGGUCGUGUAUCACCAUUUAUUGCUAAAGUUGCUCAUUUAGGUAGUCUGUCUCAUGGAUCUCAUGGCCAUAAUGAUAAUCACUUUUCUCAUUCGAAACAAACACAACCCAUAAUUCAGUUGGUAAGUAUUUAAUAACAAGUAUAAAACCUAUCUAUUUAUUCAUUUGUAUUAGAUAUUUUAAAUGAAAUGUGGGGAAAGUUUCAAAAUGUGCUCUAACUGAUAGAAUAUAUGGUAUUUAGAGGGAGAUUCUAAAGUAUCAAAAAUACUAUUUUCCGAUCAUUGAUUUCUCGAAACGUUUGAUGAAUAUAUCUUCAUGGGGUACAGUAUAGGUAAGUUUGUAGGAUCUUGUUAACAUCAGUCUUGUGAUGUGCUUCAUAGAAGAAUGAAACGGCAGUCCAGUACUUUUUAGAUUAAGAUCUUACUUACUCUGGUUACGUCACGUAGCACAAAGGCUUCAUAACAAAGAUCUCCGACCAUCUCUCCCCUGGUCUCUUCUUUCCAUUUGUUUCCAAGUUCUAUUCAUUCUUUCAAUGUUCGCUUCCGAUUGCAUAAGCAAUGUGCUCUUUGGUCUACCCUUUUCCUUAAGCCUUCAGGAUUCCGAAAUAGGGCUUGCCUUGUGAAGCAUGUCCUACCCACAUCCAGCGUAUUUACCUAAUCUCCACUUCAGUGGGAAGUUGAUUUGUUCUCUCCCACAGUAGGCUGUUGCUGAUGGUAUCCGGUCGACAGACAUUGAGUAAAUUGUGUAGACAAUUGUUUAUGAAUAACUUUGAUGUUUUGAUGAUGGUCGUAGUCGUCCUCCAAAUCUCAGCUCUACACACUAGAACUGUCUUGACUUUCUCACUGAAAGUUCUGACUUUGAUGUCGGCUGACAGUCGUUUAGAUUUCUAUAUGUUCUUCAACUGUAGGAAUCCUGCCCUUCAUUUAACAAUCAUUGCCUUCACAUCUGCAUUAGAUCCUUUCUGUUUAUUGAUGAUGUUGUCCAGGUACUUUGAACAUUUCACGCCUUCUACGGUUUCUCUAUGAAGUGUGAUUGGGUUGGUAUUUUCCUUGGGUAUAUUGAGGCCCACUUCUGUAUAACCUGAUGCUACAUUGACUGUCUUCACUUGAAUUUGUUGCUGCGUAUGAGAUAAGGAAGCUUGGUCACCUGCAAAGUCCAAAUCGUCUAGUUGCAUCCUAGCUGUCCAUUGUAUUCCGUGCUUCCCCCGAGAUAUGGAUGUCUUCAAAUUCCGGAAAACAACCAAACAAAAGAGGAAAGGCAAGAGUAUGCAGUCUUGUCUGACACUGGUCCUCACUGGGAAUGUGGCCGUCAGUUUUCCUCCAUGCACAAUAUCGCAGUGUAGUCCGUCUUAUGAAUUCCGCAUGAUGUCGACGAUUUUCCCCGGUACACCAUAUUGUCGAAGAUGGUUCCAUCAGGUUCUCCUAUCAAUGUUCAAUGUGUUCUACCCACCUGCUCCUCUUUUCUUAAAUCUCAGUUAUUAGCUUGGCUUCUUUGUUAUUGACUGGUCUCUCUGCUUUACUAUAUUCCCUUACUAGUUUCUUCGUUGGAUCAUAUAGUUGUCCUUAAUGUUCUUCUCUUUCAGUUUCUUCCACUUUCAUUGCUAGGUCUUUCAUGUAUUUCUGUUUGUCAGCUCUAAUACUCCUCUUCACUUUCUUGUUUGUUUGUAUGUUCGAUCUGUGCCUUGACUUUCUCUGCUCUUGUUUGACUGUUGUUAAUUGCUGUAUUCUUGUUUUCCUUUUCUUCAAUGUUUCUCAAGCUAUUUAUCUAUAGAGAUCAACUGUUCAUGCUGGUGCUACUUACGGUUAAGCAUCUGACACUGAACUUAUUGCUUGUUUAGUCCUUUUCCAGUUCUCCAUGGCGGUCUGAUCUUCAUUUUGUGGGACUUGUAAGGCAUUGAACUUAUUACUAAGAGUUAUCUUGAAUUCGUUGAGUCUAUCGGUACUUCAAAGAAAGAUUGUAUUAAACUUUCAUGAUACUGUGUACCUAGUUGUCUAAUGCUUAUUUAGUUUCAACUAGACCACCACCAGGUGGUGGUGAUCUGAAACUGUAUUAGCUCCUCGUUUUGUUACUACAUCUUCCAUGGACCUAAAUCUUCUGUUGGUGCAGAUGUGAUCGAUUUGGUUCUAUGUACGAUGAUCCGGUGAGACCCAUUUGGAUUUGUGCAUGCGUCUGUGGCGGAAUACAGUCCCAAGUAAAUUUUCAAGUUUCUCAUGAUUCUCGUUUCUUUCUCCAAGUUCAUUCCAUGCCAAGAUAUCUUCGUAUCCGAUUUUGUCUAUCCCAACUUUUCUUUAACGUCUAGCUUAAGUUAAUCAAUGAUGUAGGUCAUUCUCCUCUCCCUGUGUAUAGUCUCUCCCUUAGCUGCGGUCACAUAGUGGUAAAGAAUCCCAUACUACGAUAAAACCGCCUACGAGCACUACUCUUUUAGAUGGUUCCCCAGCUGAUAUCAAUUCGUGACUUUAACCAUUGUCCCUCAUCCAAACAUUUUGUUAGAAAUGAGCAGUUGAACAAUCAUCAUGACUAACACAUUGCUAAGAUAAUUUUUCAGAUUUAAACUGCGAUUGACUAUUUCAGUAAACAAAUUCUUACAUAGUAAACAGACUGCAAUACCCUCGUCUGAUUUCUAUUCUGUAGGGAUUCAUACAUUACCAACCUACGGCGUAACACCGUUUCGAUUAUUCAUAAACAUUUGCUCAGAAUAAUUUCAGAUCCUGUAUAGGUAUCAACGUAUUUUUCCAAUCCCUAAUUCCUGUCAUAAUCCAUAUAUUCUACAUAUAUUUUCUAAACAUUUUUCUCAAUAGUCAGUUUCUUCUGUGGAUAGUGUUUCUGAUGUACUAUUUAAAGCCCUUAAAUUAUUUGGUUGUGCCGAUCAAAAGGUUGAUAACUACGAUCUAAUUCAUGUCCAUAAAGAUGCCCGAGAUGUAACUCUUCCAAAACAUUUCAACUUUUAUGAAUCGAUAAAUUAUUCUUCUUUCAACUUAUCAAAUAAUAAACAUUAUGAAUUAUUAGAAUUUAUUUGUACACCAACUAUUCAUAAUGAGAACAAUAAUGACAAUAAUAAUAGUUUAAACAGUUCACCAUCAUCAUCAUCAACAACAGCAGCAUAUAUAAAAGCCAACAAUAAUAAAAAACACAAUCCAAAGCCUAACAUGACUACAACUGAAUAUACUAAACAGUAUAAAUUAACAAGUAAAAGCUCAAAUAAACACUGUACUGUUGAAUUAUGGUCAUGAAUAUUUAUCAAUAAUUGUUUAUUUUAAAAAAAAGUUGAUUGUUUUUCCCCAUCAGUUUACCGUUAUUUUUCAUUAUCAAAUGUGCUCAGAUGCAUAAUUGAUAUUGUGAAUAUUUCUUGUCACUGCGCCAGUUAUUUUUUUGUCAUUCAUUGAUCCUAUCAAUCAGUAACCAAAUAAAUGAAUCAAUUUUUUCAUCCCUAAAGAAAAAUUUGUCUUUCAUGAUCGUGCAUUUUUUAAAUAGUUGUUCUAAUUUCUUCUAUUCUUAUCACCUCUCCUAAUCCAAUUCCCCUUUACUCACCUUGAAUUUGUUGCCGUGUUGUUCAUUGUUUUGGUUAAAUCUUUUAUGGACUGAUCAUGAACUGAUAUCGACAGAGAAACAGGUGUGAACGUUGAAGAGUCAUAAGCUACGACGAAACAUACCUAAUAAUGUAUCCUCUAUGUUAAUGUGAUUAUUAGAUGUUGUGAUUUCACAUUUUCUUUGUUUAUUUAAAACUAUAUUUUCAACCUAGAUACUGUUCAAUAGUAAAGAAUCGUUGUUUGUUUUACUUUCAUUUAUUUUUAUUGAUAUACCACUAUUGGAUUCAGAACAUAAUCAACUGUAUAUUUAUAAAUAAUUGUGUAUUUCGAAUACCAUAUCAUUGUCACAAUACAUGAAUAUAUUUUCUGAGAAUAAUUUCUUAAUUUAG